UCUGACAGCAACAUCGCAAAAUUCUCUUUCGUUUAAUCAUCAGUCGAGUUUGCUAGAUUAGGUUUUAUCAUUCAAAAUGUCUAAAAUUUGUGCAAAAUGCGAGAAACCUGUUUACCCGUUGGAGGAGCUUAAAUGUCUUGAUAAGAUUUGGCAUAAACUUUGUUUCAAGUGUUGGGAAUGCGGUAUGACUUUGAAUAUGAAAAAUUACAAAGGUUUCAACAAGUUCCCAUAUUGUUCAGCUCACUACCCUCAAACAAAGCAUACAGUAGUAGCCGACACACCUGAACUUCAAAGACUGAGUCAGACUUCUAAAUUACAAAGUCAAGCAAAGUACCAUGAGGAGUUUGAAAAGAAAAUAAAGGGUUCAAAAAUUCAAGUGGCAGAUGAUCCAGAAACACAGAGGUUGAAGCAACUUAGUACCAUGGUCAGCCAGGUUGAGUACAAGGGACUGAAGGAAAAGUUUGGAGAGAUGGAAGCUAAGCGACAUAUUAAUGAAAACCGCAAUGAGAAUGAGAAUGCCUCUCCGUACACUGAUCGUACUCAGUCGCAUUCUGUGGCUUACACUGGACAGGGCAAAGAACCUCGAAAGAUAGGAUCGAUCAGCGACUACGAUCCUACGACUAGUCACAGCAGCAAUCGUCAGAGUAACAGUGGUCGUCCGCUCAGCAAGCAAUCACAGGAAUGGCAAGAAACUGUACCAAUUAGUCCUGCUCAUUUGGCGGCGGGAGGACAUCAAGGUAAUGUUUCACCUACCAAGGUACCAUCAUCACCUACAACGCAUCAACAGGCAGGUGUUAAGGCUACUGCAAGGUCUUCAAAUAAAAAAGCUAUGGGCUUAGUUUGCAAGGCCAUGUAUGACUACACAGCUCAAGAUACAGACGAGGUGACCUUCAUGGAAAAUGACAUCAUCAUCAAUUGUGACCCCAUAGAUGAGGGCUGGAUGUAUGGCACUGUUCAGAGGACAGGGAUCAGAGGGAUGCUCCCUAGUAAUUAUGUUGAGAAAGUUCAGUAA